UCAGUUAGCUCGUUGCUAGCUGCCUGAAGCCGACUCCUGGGGCGUUAUGAGCGUAGUAGCCGAAAUCUGUAGAUUAUUUUACUUUUGAUAGGUGGAACGAUGACCCUCUGACAUCAAGAAUGGACAUAAGUUAACAAUGACGGGGGAGAAAAAGAAGAAAAAGCGGCUGAACCGCAGCAUUCUUCUUGCAAAGAAAAUUAUAAUAAAAGAUGGAGGAAGUCCUCAGGGAAUCGGUGAGCCCAGUGUUUACCAUGCUGUGGUGGUCAUCUUCCUGGAGUUUUUUGCGUGGGGUCUCCUCACCACCCCGAUGCUCACGGUAUUACACCAGACAUUCCCCCAACACACAUUCCUGAUGAAUGGGCUUAUCCAUGGUGUCAAGGGCCUAUUAUCAUUUCUCAGUGCUCCCCUGAUUGGAGCGCUGUCAGACGUAUGGGGACGCAAGUCCUUCUUGCUGCUCACAGUCUUCUUCACGUGCGCGCCCAUUCCGCUGAUGAAGAUCAGCCCAUGGUGGUACUUUGCAGUCAUCUCCAUGUCUGGCGUCUUCGCCGUCACCUUCUCUGUGAUCUUUGCCUACGUGGCAGAUAUCACGCAGGAGCAUGAGAGGAGCACAGCCUAUGGUUUGGUAUCAGCUACCUUUGCUGCCAGCCUGGUUACCAGCCCAGCCAUCGGAGCCUACCUGUCUGUGGCAUACGGUGACACGUUGGUGGUGAUCCUGGCCACAGCCAUCGCCCUGCUCGACAUCUGCUUCAUCCUGGUGGCUGUACCAGAGUCGCUGCCGGAGAAGAUGAGGCCAGCAUCAUGGGGAGCACCCAUCUCCUGGGAGCAGGCAGACCCCUUCGCUUCUCUGCGUAAGGUGGGCCAGGACUCCACGGUGCUCCUCAUCUGUAUCACAGUGUUUCUCUCCUACCUCCCCGAGGCUGGCCAGUACUCCAGUUUCUUCCUUUAUCUCAGACAGGUCAUAGGCUUCUCUUCAGAGACAGUGGCUGCCUUUAUCGCUGUUGUGGGGAUCCUCUCAAUACUAGCUCAGACGGUGGUGUUGGGGAUCCUGAUGCGUUCCAUAGGGAAUAAGAACACAAUCCUGCUCGGCCUCGGCUUCCAGAUCCUCCAGCUGGCGUGGUAUGGCUUCGGCUCUCAGCCCUGGAUGAUGUGGGCUGCUGGAGCUGUUGCAGCCAUGUCCAGCAUCACUUUCCCCGCCAUCAGCGCCAUUGUGUCGCGUAACGCGGACCCCGACCAACAAGGUGUUGUCCAGGGGAUGAUCACUGGAAUUCGGGGGCUCUGUAACGGUUUGGGCCCUGCCCUCUAUGGCUUUGUCUUCUACUUGUUCCAUGUGGAGCUGUCCGACACGGACGGCUCUGAGAAAGGUGCCAAAUCCAACAUGGCUAACCCCACUGAUGAGAGUGCCAUCAUCCCAGGUCCUCCCUUCCUGUUUGGUGCAUGCUCAGUGCUGCUGUCUCUGCUGGUGGCCCUGUUUAUCCCGGAGCACACGGGGCCCGGCAUGAGGCCUGGCGCCUACAAGAAGCACAGCAACGGGGCACAGAGUCACUCCCACAGCCCCCAAGGCAGCGGGGCCGAGGGCAAGGAGCCGCUGCUGGAGGACAGCAGCGUAUAACCUUAGCUAAGGGGGGCAGACACCCUCGCUCCAACCAAAUACCCCCCACCCCCCCGUACACAUGGACAGAUACACACAUUUUACCACAUGGACGACACGCUGUCACCUCAGGCACACAUCAGGCUCAUGUGCCAUGAAGAGGUGUUUGUGUCCACAGCACAAAAAGUGGACACUCCUUUCUUAGCAGCCCCCCCCCCUUUUUUUUUUAAAGCAGGUUAUUGUGAGGACUCUCUAAAGACCCUGUAUAAAGAGAGUGUGUUGAGUAUUUUUCGGGCUGCAGUGGAAAGGUGUGUGUGUGUGUGUGUGACUUGACUGAGCUGGACUCUAAUCAUUGGUUUCGAUAAAGCAGCAACAGAGUGGAGAAUACAACAGCUUCCCCCCCCUCACAGUGCAGAGCAAAACAGACGUGAUUGGUUUAGAGUGUGAGUAGGGUAUAUCAAAUGUUACUAAAUUCCUGUGUGAUUCUUCAUAUUCCUCUGUAGCCAGUGAAGUGGCAACUUUGUCUGUUUGUCCAACGACAGUGUAACAGACAGUUAGUUGAGCACUUGUCUAACAGUCUGUCACAAGCUAACAUCUGUUCAGAUGCUUGUCGCCGCGGCCACAGCUCACUUAAAGCAUCCAAGAAGGGAACAGAGUUCCCUUCUCUGCAGGGAAGCAGCUGUGUACCUGUGAGGGUAGAGGAGAGGCGCUGCCUAAUCUAGGGCAGGAUGGGUCAAUCAGUUCAGAUAUAAAAAGCUUGGUAAGGCCACACUUUGUUGAGACAACACACUUCUUAAAGAGGGAAGUGUGUGAGAGAGACCACUUUAUUAGCUGAAACUGUUUUUCAAUGUUUACUUGCCAUUCUCUAGAUAAGUAGUACAGUUUGGGUUGUAUAUUUUUCUCUGUUCAAACUGAAGGCUAGUUGUGCUUCAAGUUCUUAUUCAAGAAACAAAUGUUGCCUCGAAGUGACUUAAUAUAUAUAUGUAUAUAUAUAUUAAUUACGUAACCUGUAUGAAGACCGAGGUCUGAGAAGGCUCUGUAAUCUUACGCUAUCGCUCCCAUCGGAGCCGUUACACACUUUUUAUUCCUUUUGUUUUCAUACCCUUCCUGUUGCUUUGUUUCCUGACAUUUAUCACCAUCAGGGUUAAGGCUUACAGAACCAUGGUUUUAUUUUGAAAGCCUCUGGACCAUUUGGAGCUAGAGCGUUGUUAUCAGCAUGCCAGUGUUGGCACUGGCUUUUUAAUACAGAGUCUUUGAAUUAAUAUCAUUAGGUUAAACAGGAUAUCACUCGUGCUGCUGCAGUAGGUAAUUCAGAGUGUGAAGUCAUGUGAUGAAGAUUUGGAUAUGAAUUAUAAAACAGUUUCACUGAAUGCUUGACAUUUAGCUUCCGUACAAACAGUUAUUAACAGGCACUGCACAUUUCUCAAACUGUAACUGACAUCAGAUGGUAGAAAUGUUAGAGGCGAAGCACCUUGUGGAACUGGCUUGUAACUCACAUUUAAACAGGCUUCAGAUUGUCCACAAGGGGGAGCUGUUUGGUCAUUGUUAGCCCAGUUCGACACAUGCCACCUUGUGCCACCUAUAGCAAAAUAAAGGUAGUUGUCACUGUGGUUCAGACUUGUAGAUUUAAAAAGAUGUCUGUCGCCCCCUACAGGCAAGAAGGGUAAAAGCUGCUCCCGUUUUAGCAACUUCUUCUGUCUACAAGCUGAUGUAUUUGAGAGUUUUAAAGAUUUUACACUUUCCACAAACACUUGUUAGCUACAAUAAAGUAAGGCUAUAGCAUCAUCAGCACUCAAAGUUCAAGAUAAGUUUUACGAAGUAAUAAAAACAUGCUUAUCAACCAACCAUGAUUUCCAAAACAUAGAAAAUAAAUACCCUGAAAAUAAAACCAUAGAUAAAAACAUUAGAUAAUAACACAGAAAACAACAGCAAAAAAUAUACUUGGAUUAAAAUUGAAGUUAUUGUCCUCCCAUGUACCCUCCAGUGAAUAUAGAAAUCUACAACUAAAACAGGAGGGCAGUGCUGGAUGUCAGAGGUUACAUGAUGACACUGAGUGAAUUGAGAACUGUAGUCAUCCCACAAUUCAUUAGUAAAUAUGAUCCAGAAAUGUAAAACCUCAAAUGUGGACACCAACGCGAAAGAACCUGGAAGUGUCAGAAGUGCUGCAUCUGUUUCUCUUGCUUGUAGGUGGUGCACAUCAGCGUAUCUGUCUGCAGGUCGUAACUGCUGCUGUUACUCUUUUUUUGUCAGUUGGUGGCGCAGGUUGAUCUUGAACUGCAUGUUCGUUAUUUGAAAAAUAUUGGCUGCGCCUGGUUUGUACACGUACUGUGUCAGCAACUGUUAAAUGAUCCUUCUUGUAAUUUUUAACAGUUAAUUUGGAAAUGCCUCAAGUGCAUUUAAAUAGCCAAAUUCCAACCUGGUAAGGAAUAGUGACUAACAGUGGCUCUCAUGCUGUUUAACAUCUACUGUAUCUGAAGAGAAACGUAUGUCUCAUAUUUUGUGCCAAAUGUUUUUUUUUUUUUGGUUUGCUUUUUCAUAAUGUGUGUGUGUAUGUGUGCGCACUUGAGUGAUUUGCAUUUUGUUUGUUUUGUUUUCUUUUCUCUUGUCUUAAUUUCUUUGGCUGAAGAUUUAAGUUUUAUUGCUAUUUUUAAUAGCUUUUUAAAUCUUCGUCCAGUUUUUAGGAAUCUUUUCGACAUCGUGGCUUCGUGGUAAACUAUCGAAUGUCCAUCCGUCUGUUUUCAGUCUCGGUCUUCAGUUGAUAACAAGCAUUUCACCGUGGUGAGUUACAUUUGAUAAGCUCAUUCUUCCUUGAUUUAUCAGUAACGCAUAACAGAAGUCACUGAAUGUUCCCAGCCAAGCUGUACAUGUUGACCACGCCAUACCCUCAACGUUUUGACUUAACCUGUCAGUUUUUAUUAUUUCAGAGGGGGUAUUACUAGACAGGAGGCCAUUGCUGUUGCUUUAAUCUCUGAAUAUCAUCAUACUGUUUUUUGUUUGUUUGUUUUAAUUUCUCAUUUAUUGGACCAACACAUUGGUAAACCCAUAAAUUCAGAUCCUACUAAAUUGGGUAAGAUUCUGCACCAGCCCCACGUGCACUCGUACAGCUUCCAAGCAGACGACUGUAAAUGUACAAAAAUCACCUGUACGUACAGCAAAUGUAUAUAUUUAUUGCUCAAGGAGACGGCCACCUCUUGGUCUAUUCGGUUGUAUGGUGCAGUUAUUAUAUAUUUCUCAAGACUUACCUGCUAGCCACUCCUGUUUUUAGUACAAUGUGGUUUGUGGCCUGAACCCCCUCUCUGUGUGCCUAAAAUUAGCCAAGAAAUGAGUAUGGCAACAUAAGUAAAUGGUGGUUAUUAUGUAAAUAUGGGAAACUAAUGACAAACUAUUUAUUAAAGGUUUAUUGUACAAUGAAAUGUUUGAGUUUGCCUCUGUGGGUUUUGGGGUGAGCGUCUUCUUUAUGCCAAAGCUAAGUGAGUGAUCAGAAUGUGCCUCCGCAAGUAAGCAACCAAUAGUUCUUUCAGUGUUGUGUUUAAAUUGCAGAUCCUACAUUAAAUGGCAGUUAAAUCCUGUUAGAUCCCAUUACAAACAGUUAGUAUCCCUAAUACCAGACUUUUUGUUUAAUGCUCUAACUUUGGUGGUUGUUUGUUGAGUAAUCCUACCCUCCAGAGUUCCUUCGCAGCUCUAAUGCCUUCCUCCACCUUCACACUACAAUAUAUCCUCAGCUGUUAUUAAUGCAC